AUGUCUUCUCCUAUUUCUACCCCACAAUCUGAAGCUGGUUUGCCCUCGCGGCCCCUUCCUCAGGCUUUUGUUAGCCAAGAUGGAAGCUCCGGCGCCGGCACUCCCAUUGGUUUCCAGCGCUACCCUCCUCACAACAAGCACUUGGACCACGCCGUUGGAAAUUCUCUGCGUCAGCCAUCACCACAGCCUACCCACCUCGGUAUUCCCGGUACCCCUCAGCACCGUGUGCUGUCUGAAGAGGACCCGGGCUACAUUGCCGCUACCUUCGAGGGCAAGCAGAAGCAGAUGGAACAAGUCAUGCUUCAAUUGGAAGAGAAGGGUUUCUUCCCCAGUGACUUCAUCGAGUCCGAAACUACCUGGUUCUACAACAAGCUUGGCAUCGACGAUACCUACUUCCAGACCGAAACCGUGCCUGCCAUUGUGACCCAAAUCCUCUCCCUCUACGCCGCCAAGGUGGCUGCCUAUGCUCGGGAUGAUAGACAGCUGGAGAUCCGUCUGGACAAGGAGGCCGAGGACCACGCUGUGUACAUUGAUACCAGCCGGCCCGGUAUCUCCACCGUUGAUGGCCCUCGUUACGAGCAGCGCAUCGACGAGAAGUACGUCAACCACUCUAAGGGUGCCAACAGCUACCGUGUCGAGACGUUCCGUUCGCCCAGCACUCUUCCUGGCAAUGACGGCCAACAGCUGCGCUGCUACUUCGUCUACAAGUGUCAGUUUGUGAACCCUAACCCUUCACCAAAUGAGACCGACAUCGAGAUCAUUGGUGAGAAGCGGUUCCUGCAAAAGGCCACCCCCAACACCAAGGCGGUUUACCAGGAGAUCAUCACUACGGCUGUCGGCCGGUCCGGACCCGUCAUCGAGAUGUUCGAGAUCGAGGGCAGCCGCGAGAAGCGUCUGGUCAUUGCCUACCGCCAGGGUUCCGCCAUGGGUCUCUUCAGUGCUCUCUCGGAUCUGUACCACUACUACCGCUUGACUAGCUCCCGGAAGUACCUGGAGAACUUCUCCAACGGUAUCACCGUUAUCUCGCUGUACCUCCGACCCUCAGCCGACUCUGGUGUCUCGGCCAAGUUCCCUCCCAUCGAGGCCGCCAUCCGCCAGAUUAUGAAGGAGGUCUCCCUUCUUUACUGUAUUCCCCAGAACCGCUUCCAGGGUCACUUUGCUACGGGCCGGCUCAGCUUGCAAGAGACUAUCUACGCUCACUCCGCGUGGGUCUUUGUGCAGCAGUUCCUCAACCGUCUGGGAUCAGAGUACACUUCGUUGUCUGCUCUUCUGGAUAACAACAACAGUGUUCAUGCAGAACUUCUGUCGAAGAUCAAGAAGCGUCUUCGUACCGAGACUUUCACUGCCGACUACAUUUUCGAGAUCAUUAACAAAUACCCCGAGCUCAUCCACAAGCUCUACCUUGACUUUGCCAACACUCACUACGUUCAGACCCAGGGCCCUACUGGCGAUGACUUCCUUCCUACCCUCAGUUACCUCCGUCUUCAGGUUGACGAGGUCCUUGAUGGUGCCAAGCUCAAGCAGCUGAUCCGCGGCACUGCUGUCAACGAGCACGACGAGAUGGUUAUGAACUCUUUCCGCGUGUUCAACUCCUCUAUUCUCAAGACCAACUUCUUCACCCCCACCAAGGUGGCCCUCAGUUUCCGCUUGAAGCCGGACUUCUUGCCUGAACACGAAUACCCCCAGCCCCUGUACGGUAUGUUCUUGGUCAUCAGCUCCGAGUUCCGCGGUUUCCACCUGCGCUUCCGUGAUAUUGCUCGUGGUGGUAUUCGUAUCGUCAAGAGUCGGAAUGGUGAAGCAUACAACAUCAACGCCCGCUCGCUGUUCGACGAGAACUACAACUUGGCCAACACCCAGCAGCGCAAGAACAAGGACAUCCCCGAAGGCGGUGCUAAGGGUGUCAUCCUCUUGGACGCUGACCACCAAGACAAGGCGCGGGUUGCCUUCGAGAAGUACAUCGACAGUAUUCUUGAUUUGCUCCUGCCCCCUGUUAGCCCCGGUAUCAAGGACCCCAUCGUUGACUUGCACGGAAAGGAUGAAAUCCUCUUCAUGGGUCCCGAUGAGAACACUGCCGAGCUCGUCAACUGGGCUACCGAGCACGCUCGCAACCGUGGCGCUCCUUGGUGGAAGUCGUUCUUCACUGGCAAGAGCCCCAAGCUGGGCGGAAUUCCCCACGACACCUACGGCAUGACCACCCUAUCGGUCCGCCAGUAUGUCCUUGGUAUCUACCGCAAGCUCAACAUCGACCCUGCCACUAUGCUCAAGCUGCAGACUGGUGGUCCCGAUGGUGAUCUUGGAUCCAACGAGAUUCUGCUCUCCAACGAGAAGUACGCCGCUAUCGUCGACGGCGCUGGUGUCAUCUAUGAUCCCAACGGUCUGAACCACGAGGAGCUUCUCCGUCUGGCCAAGAAGCGCGCCAUGAUCUCCGAGUUCGACAUGACUAAGUUGUCCUCCGAUGGUUACCGUGUCCUGGUUGACGAGAAGAACGUCAAGCUCCCCAGCGGCGAGGUUGUCCACAACGGUAUGAUCUUCCGUAACACAUACCACCUCCGCUCGCAGGAGAAUUUCGACAUGUUCGUGCCUUGCGGUGGCCGUCCCGAGUCCAUCGACCUGUCCACCGUCAACAAGCUCAUUAAGGACAACAAGUCCAUUGUUCCCUUCAUCGUCGAAGGUGCCAACCUGUUCAUGACCCAGGACGCCAAGCUGCGCCUUGAGAAGGCCGGCUGUAUCCUGUACAAGGACGCCUCCGCCAACAAGGGUGGUGUUACCUCAUCUUCCCUGGAAGUCCUCGCCUCGCUGUCCUUCAACGACUCCGAGUUCGUCGAGAACAUGUGCAUCCGCGAGGACGGCACUGUCCCCGAUUUCUACCAGGCCUACGUCAAGGAAGUCCAGGAAGUCAUCAAGCAAAACGCCGCUCUCGAGUUUGAGGCUAUCUGGCGCGAACACGAGCAGACCGGUGUGCUGCGCAGUGUUCUGAGUGACCGUCUCAGUAUCGCCAUCACCAGGCUCGACGAGGAGCUCCAACAGACCGAGCUCUGGGACAACGUUGCUCUCCGCCGCUCAGUUCUCGGUGAUGCUCUGCCCCGUCUGCUUCUUGGUAAGAUUGGUCUCGAGACCAUCCUGGAGCGCGUUCCUGAGAACUACCUCCGCGCCAUCUUCGGUUCUUACCUGGCCAGCCGCUUCGUCUACGAAUACGGCAACCAGCCCAGCCAGUUCUCCUUCUUUGACUUCAUGACCAAGCGCCUGGCCCAGAUUCAGUCUUAA